UACCGGAUACGGAGGCACGCCCGGGUAGGAUAAUUAUAUUGGUCGGAAAGACUUCAGUGGGCAUCGGGAAUGCACAACAGCGAUCGUGCGAUGACGUCGAUCUGCAUCGUAGACGGAGGGGCAUGGUUCUAUUACGGGGUAGACGUCUGAAGUCGCUAUCCGACAAAUUAUCGACCCCAACUUCUCACUUUCUCUCGACAACUACCUGUCGCUUAGAAACCAUCAACAAUUGCAUCAUCACCUGAGUGGAAUACCAUCACAAUGCCCUCCGUCGAAGUCAACAACCACAAAUUACACUAUGCAGACUCCCACCCAGAUGGUGCCCCCGCCAACGGCCUAACCUUCAUCUUCACCCACGGCCUAGGGUCCUCCCAGAACUUCUACUUUCCCAUCCUCCCAUACCUGACCACCAGGCAUCGCUGCAUCACCGUGGACACGUACGGCGCGGCACGCUCUCCCUACACCGGCCAGCCCAUAUCCAUUGCGUCCAUAGCCGCAGAUGUCAUCGCAGUGCUGGACGCGCUCCAUGUCCCGCAAGCCGUGGUAGUCGGCCACUCCAUGGGCGGACUAGUCGUGACUCUCCUAGGGGCUCAGUACCCCGAUCGCGUGAAGGGCAUAGUCGCCAUUGGGCCGACUUACCCAGCGCCAGCCAUAGCGGAAGUGAUGACCAAACGAGCAGAGACGGUGUCUUCAUCCGGAAUGGAACCCAUGGCCAACACCAUCCCCUACGGCGCAACAGGCUCAGGGUGCGCGCCCCUGGCGCAGUCCUUCAUCCGCGAGCUCCUCAUCGGACAGAACCCCAAGGGCUACGCCGCGCUCUGCGGGGCCAUUGCGAACGCCCCGAGCAUCGACUACGCGGCCAUCAAGGCGCCGUUUUUGCUAGUCGCGGGCGAGGAGGACAAGUCGGCGACGAUGGAGGGGUGCGAGCUUAUCUUUGGUGGGGUGUCGAGUGAGACGAAGAAGCUGGAGGUUUUGUCGAAGGUUGGACAUUGGCAUUGUCUUGAGGCGCCGGAGCUAGUGGGGAAGGCUGUGGGGGGGUUUUUUGAGGGUGUUUCUGCUUGAUUUGGAUAUCUUGUUCUUUCAGGUUUGGUUGUAUGUUAUCUUGAUAUACUAUGGUAUCAGGAUAUACUACGGAUUCAGAAGAUGUAGAAGGCUAUGGACUCGUAAAAUGUUUCGAG